GUCAUUUGUCAAUUUGAGAUUUGUUUGUUGGUGUUGUUUGAUCCGGUUUGAUAGUUUUGCAUUUUACAUAAAAUUUAUUUUAUACAGCUGUAUUGUUUCUUAUUCAUACUAUUUGUAAUUUAAAAUAAAAAUUUAUACAUCCAGAUAUUAAAAAUGAGUCUUCGAACUUAUGGUGAUAAACCAAUCAGUUUCCAACUGGAAGAAAAUGGAGAAUAUUACUGUGUCGGAUCCGAAGUUGGAAACUACCUAAGACUCUUUAGGGGUUCUCUUUAUAAACGAUACCCUGGAAUGUUUAGAAGGGCUAUAACAAAUGAAGAAAGGAAAAAGUUAAUUGACUUAGGACUCUCACAGCAUUGUCUUGCAAGUAGUGUCUCUUUACUUAGAGCUACAGAAGUAGAGGAUAUUAUAGAAGGGAACGAUGACAAAUAUAAGGCUGUUUCGGUUCAUACCAGUGAUCCUCCUCUACCACGCGAAGGUAAGAGCAAAAAGAAUUUGCAAUGGGUUCCAUCCUUACCAAAUUCAAGUCAUUUGGAUGCAGUUCCUCAAGCGACACCUAUUAACCGUAAUAGAGUUGCUGCCAAAAAAGUAAGAACAUUUCCGCUAUGCUUUGAUGAUACAGAUCCACAGCUAAAUCAAGAGAAUGGUUGUCAGCACGAAUUGCUUGUUCCAAUUCGACUUGAUAUGGAAAUUGAAGGUCAAAAACUAAGAGAUACUUUUACGUGGAAUAAAAAUGAAAGUCUCAUAACACCAGAACAAUUUGCUGAGAUUUUGUGUGACGAUUUAGAUCUGAAUCCUCUUACUUUUGUGCCAGCGAUAGCUCAAGCUAUCCGUCAACAACUGGAAGCUUUUCCUAACGAACCUCCUAGUAUUAUAGAAGAGAAUUCUGAUCAAAGAGUUAUUGUGAAAUUAAAUAUCCAUGUUGGGAAUACAUCAUUAGUUGAUCAAGUUGAAUGGGAUAUGAGUGAGAAACAAAACAAUCCUGAAGAUUUUGCUCUGAAAUUAUGUUCAGAAUUAGGUCUAGGAGGUGAAUUUGUUACAGCUAUUGCAUAUUCUAUAAGGGGGCAACUAAGCUGGCAUCAAAGGACUUACGCUUUUAGUGAAGCGCCUCUACCUACAGUUGAAGUUCCCUUUAGAACUCCUUCUGAAUCUGAUCAGUGGGCUCCAUUUUUGGAAACAUUAACGGAUGCUGAAAUGGAGAAGAAAAUAAGAGAUCAAGACAGAAAUACCAGAAGAAUACGACGAUUGGCCAAUACUACCCCCGGUUGGUAAAAAAUAUUAUUAUUUAAUAUUAAAUGAAUUCUGGAUUAUUAUAAGAAUUACAAUUUGUCUAGAAAUAAUUAUUCUUUAGACGCUAAUAAACUAUAGAACAUAAAUA